UUUCAUUCUGUGCUCGAUCGUAUCCGCGUUCGGUCGAGGGAUUGGAAAGGUCGUCAGCGUGCCAGCCAGCGAGCCAGCGAGCCAGCCAGUUAGCAGCAGAUCCCCUUCUCAGUGCAGUCGAGCAUAGAUUUCGAGCUUCCCCCCGAAAUAAUAAAAAAAAAACACAGCACCAACGAGUGAACGAACCGCUUUGGGGGGCAAACGACGACGGUUGGGUCACAUUCUUGCCGCGUGUGCCAACGUGAUCGUUGCUGUGGGUGCGCCGCAAGUGUCGACGACGGACGAUUCGCAGCCAGCCAGCUAGGCCAAAGCAGGAGUAGGAGUGUGGCGUGCCAGUGAGUGGAGUGCAAGUGAGCGAAUUCGCUAUUUGGAAAGGUCGUAGCCGCUGCUGUUGCUGUUGCCGCCGCUGCUGCUGUUUUGCGGUUGUUGGUCGCCGCGAGAGGUUUCGUGGAGUUCUGUUUCGUAGUUGAAAGGGCCCCCCGGUCGUGCAUAGGAAGGAAGAUAUCAUCAUCAUCAGCAUCAUGAGGACGACUUUGACGAUGACGGUGGCCGUCGUGCUGCUGGCGAGUGUGACCGUACUGUGCCAAUCGGUCGACAGUAAUCACCGGGCAGCCCUGUUCCGCCGUACUCGCAUCGGUCCCAAAGUCUACAAGCACGAGGAUCAGAGCCGUCCGGGUGUACCGAUCGCGGAUCAGCUGGACGCACGUCCGGCCGAACCCGCCGCCGCCUCGAAGGAGACGGAAGCGACGGUGGCCGUACCGGCGGCCGAUGCUCAGGAGGCACCGGCUCAGGCAGAGGCAGCGCCAGCAAAACCAUCGGCCAUCGGUAAGGCCGGUGGCGGAUUGAAUCGUUUGUUCGCCCGCAAGAAGUACAGUCCGUUGUUGCGCGAAGGAGCUCCGAAGGCGGGUGCUGCGGCGGCGUCGGCUUCGGCGGCCGAUGCCUCGGGUACGACACCGGCCUCAGCGGCCGAACCAGUGACUGAGGGCAGCACGACAACGGUGGCCUCCGGCAGUACACGCCGUACGCGACCAACACGCCCCGGAAAGGUACCACGAUCGACCUCACCGAAACCGACCGUUUCCGUGAAGCCAACGAAGAUUGCGUCCCGCUUCUCGAAACCGACGACCGAGGCACCGGAAAGUACGGUUGCCACGGUGACGCAGCGUACGACUCGUGGGCGCCGUACGCGUCCUUCGAAACCUUCGAAAUUGGGCAGCACCGCGUCAUUGACCGAGGCCACCUCGACAUCGACGACGACCACAACGACCACGACGACUACGACGACGACCACAACGACAACGCCAGCACCAACAACAACGACAACGACAACGACGACGACGCCAGCACCAACCACAACGACAGCAGCGGCAGCGCCUGCUGCGUUGGCAUCCGAUGAACCGGUCAUUACGAUCGAAGGAACCUCUGGAGUGCAACCGGUAGCGAAACUGGGCCAGGAUAGCAACGAAUCACCACCGACAGCCACGGAUGGUGCACCGACGGCCGAACGUGCUAGCACCGCGUCACCGACGCUCGCGACAGAUCCACAAUCCUCGACCGCGAAUCCCGCGGUGAGAGCACCGGUGACCGGAGAGCAGGUGGCCAGCGCACCACACCAACAGACCAGGGUGCAGCCACAACAGGAGCAGCAGCAACAGCAACAGGCGGAAAGGGACGAAACGUUGGUGUUGAGUAGCCGUCCGAGCGGCGAACCGAAACCGGUUCCCCAGCGCGUCAUUCCGGUCGUCGAGCAGCAGCAGGAACAGGACGAUGGUGUGGCCGAAAGUGAAGAUGAAAGUAUCCUGCAGGCUAGCGCUAGCUUCGAGUCACCCAACAAGCAGUAGCCACCCCUUAGGAAGGGGGAAGGGGAGCGACACAAUGAGGCUGCUUUCCGAUGAGCGUUCGUUGGGCCAAGACGCACACAUGUGCGAGUUGUUUCGUUGGAUUUCUUUUUUCUCCGCUUUUCCAGGAUAAGAACUCGAGGAGUGGAAGGAAACAACCAUCCCUAUCCAUAACCAGCUAGCGUCCCGCUCUUCCACAGUGUUCGACGUGAGCCCUACACUCGUGAGGGGCCCCAAAUCCUGUCGUGAGUCCCAUUUUGAGCGAACACUGUGCGAAUGAAUAAAGUAUUUAGUGCCACCGACAGCCUUAUAGUGGCCCUGGCACACAGCCCUGGAAGACAUGUGACUCCUUUGACAAGA